CCGACCCUCAGAUGGCUCCUUCUGUCCAACUGGUCCUGCUUCUCACCGUCUUGCUCAUCCUGGCAGAGACUCCUGCCUCUUUACCUGUCCACCAGGGGCGAGGAGGCUGGACCCUCAACAGUGCUGGCUACCUUCUGGGUCCUGAGUUCCACCUUCCCCAGAAGGCUGACCAAGGCAGGAAGGAGAAGACAGCCCUCGAGAUCCUAGAGCUGUGGAAGGCCGUUGAUGGGCUCCCUUAUCCCCUCUCUCAGCAGGCCUCCAAGAGGAGUCUGAGCGAGACUUUUGCUGAACCAGAGAUUGGAGGUAAAGGCAGGGGGAACAUGGAAGAGAGAAAUAGAUACAAGAAGAGGGCAGGAGAUGUGGCCGGCAGAGCUUUGAGGGCCUGGGAGGGUGGGGAGGAAACAGGAAUCAACCAAGAGGCCCCCUGACUUAUAGCCACAAUGUCCACCACUGACCACAUAUCCUAACGCUAAAUUCCCAUCCUGGCCUUGACUGCUCACUUCGACUCUGUUCCUUCACUUCACAUCCUGCCUCACAGUCUAAAUCUAGUUGUCCAACCAAUACUGGCAUUUCCCCACAAUCUGGUACUUUUCCAAUUAUGACCCCAAACCCAAACCUUGAUCUCCCCCAAGCCUAGCUUUAGCUAUGACACUGACUUUAAACCCUCACUUUGACCUCACAGCUCAAUCCAAACUUUGACCUCCCUCCUAAAGAAGAUCUUUAUUUCCAACCUUUAACCUUACUCUGAGCUCUAUACUCUUCCGUGCUCAUACUCCAGCAUGCC